GCAGCCUGACAGUGAACGCGUCCAGGAAGUUUCUCUGCGUGUUGAUCACUCGCGUCGACAUUGAAGGGAAACCAGGAAGUGCACCGAUGUGCGCUGUAGCAUUCAGGGCUACCGAAGGCGUCUUGCUGCAAACUUGCCCGGUGCCACACGGCUUGAGGUCUUUCUGCGCUCGUACGAGGACUCGUGUAAUGUGACAGUGUAAUAUAGGCCAGUUAUAUAUAUAACUUACUUGCCAGCCAUUCAGGCUUUCGUUGGUGUUGCGAUCCUUUGCUGUAUUAUUAAUGCGGCUGUCGCGUCGCUGAGUUUAAUGGUGCCGUGUGUACGCUUGGCCCGGGCAAUUGGGGGUGCUCGUCGUCCUGUAGCCGUGGGCCAUGGCCGUCGCUGAGCACGUGCGGUCAUGCAGACCUCACUGGACCGCUGGCGGAGCCAGCUGAAUAGGAGGCACCUCUCUGUUUACAAGACCAUCCUCACUGUGGUCAGGGUGAGCCGGCUCAGCAAGAGACUUCUUCACUCGAAGAAGGCGAAUGCGGCGGAAGAGGCGCGCGUGCUGUGCAUUGUGACGGACACGACCCGCGGCGACACGCAGCGCAUCACCGUGAACCUGCCCUUCUCCACGCCGCUGCGCGAGCUGCAGGCGCACGUGGCCGCGGAGGCGUCCUACCAGGCCCACACCUUCCUGCUCGUGUGGAAGCAGGACGAGCAUGCAAAGGAACCAUUGAAUGGAGAGUCGGAGGAGUCCCUGAAGGAUGCUGGCUUUGCCGAAGGAAAGAAGAAUUAUCUGCACCUGACCGACAAGAAUGGGAUACAACCUCUUCCGGCUCCGCAACCUCCACCUGAUGACUCUGGGGGUACGAAGGGGCCCGGCGGUGGAGGCGGCGGCGUGGACGAGAACGGCCACGAGAAGGUGACGGGCUCUCCUCCCAGCGAGAGCGUCGCAACCUGCGCCAACGAUCCCGCCGGCCCUGCUUAUGGAGUCCUCUGCAAGUCUGAGACCGGCUAUGUGGGCCUGGUUAAUCAGGCCAUGACCUGCUAUCUGAACAGCCUCCUGCAGACCCUGUACAUGACCCCCGAGUUCCGCAAUGCCCUCUACAAGUGGGAGUUUGACGGCUCAGAAGAGGAGGGGGACAAGUCCAUCCCCUUCCAGCUGCAGAGGCUCUUUGUGCAGCUGCAGACGAGCCGCAAGCGCGCCGUCGAGACCACCGAUCUCACGCGCAGCUUCGGCUGGGACAGCAGUGAAGCUUGGCAGCAGCACGAUGUCCAGGAGUUGUGUCGAGUCAUGUUCGAUGCCUUGGAGCAGAAGUGGAAGAACACGGAGCAGGCGAAUCUGAUCAACGUGCUGUACCAAGGCCAGCUGAAGGACUACGUACGCUGCUUGGAGUGCGGCCACGAGAGCUCCCGUCUGGACACCUACCUCGACAUCCCUCUCGCCAUCCGGCCGUUUGGCUCCAACCAGGCGUACUCUAGCGUGGAGGAGGCGUUGCAGGCAUUCGUGCAGCCGGAGACACUGGAUGGCACCAACCAGUACUUCUGUGAGCGCUGCAGCAAGAAAUGCGAUGCCCACAAGGGCCUGGAGUUCCUCUACUUCCCGUACCUGCUGUCCUUGCAGCUGAAGCGGUUUGAUUUUGACUACUCCACGCUACACCGCAUCAAGCUCAACGACCGCAUGACCUUUCCCGAUCACCUGGACCUCAACGCGUUCAUCGAGGCCCCCGAUGAGGAGAAGUGCGGUCAGGCAGACAGCUGUGCGGACAGCGGAGCAGAGAACGAGGGCAGUUGCCACAGCGACCAGCUGCUCACGGAUUUCAGCUACGCAGACGCCGUGGACGAGGGCAUCGACCUGGAAAACAGCAGCCUGGGCGAGCGCAAUUGCAAACCCAUUCUCGCCAAGCAGGGGCCCUGGGUGUACGAGCUCUUCUCCAUCAUGGUGCACUCGGGCAGCGCGGCCGGCGGCCACUACUACGCGUACAUCAAGUCAUUCAGCGACGGCCAGUGGUACAGCUUCAACGACCAGCACGUCAACAGGAUCACUCAGGAUGACAUCAGGAAGACGUACGGGGGAGCGACGGGGAACCGCAGCUACUACUCCAGCACAUUCAGCAGCUCUACCAAUGCAUACAUGCUCAUCUACCGGCAAAUACAACCAUCCAAGAAUGCGAAGUUCAUGGAGGUGACGAACUUCCCGCAGCACAUCCACCACCUAAUGAACGGGGAGAAGGAGCGCGAGGAGAACGAGAAGAGGCAGCGCGAGAUUGAGCGGAACACCUGCAAGAUCAAGCUCUUCUGCUUGCACCCAGUGAAGAACACCAUGGUGGAGAGCAAGCUGGAGGUGCAUAAGGAGCGCACGCUGGAGGACGCCACCUACCUGGCACACAAGCUGCUGGAUCUGGAGGAUGUGCUUCCCGUGGAGCGCUGCCGGCUCGUCAAGUACGACGAGUUCCACGACUCGCUGGAGCGCUCGUACGAGGGCGAGGAGGGCACCCAGAUGGGGACGCUGCUCGGCGGCGUCAAGUCCUCCUACGUGUUCGAUCUGCUGCUCGAGACCCGGCGGGAGGACCAAGACUUCCAGCCUUACAAGCCCGGAGGCGUGACCGUGAAGGUGCACGUGGUGGACCUGGUCACGGAGGCGGUGUCGCCCGGCGUAAGCAUACGAGCCUACCUUAGCCAGUCGGUGAGCGAGUUCAAGGCACUCAUUGCACAGGCGACGGGGCUGGACGUGGAGGGCAUGCGCGUGGUGCUGGAGCGGUACUACAACGACCUUCGCCUCUUGUCCGUGCCCAACAAGUCACUCAAGUCGGAGGGAUUCUUCCGCAGCAACAAGGUGUUCGUGGAGAGCUCCGGCUCCCCAGACUCGCAGCUGUCCUUCCCGCAGUCCCUGCUGUGGCGCCUGCUCGACCGGCACGGCAACACCAUCCGGCUGCUGGUGGCGCUGCCAGACGGCCCGGCAGCGGCGACGGCGACGCGCGCCGGCCCGGCCGCGGCGGCGGCCGCGGCGGAGAGCCAGGCGGAGCACGCCGCUCGCGGCCGCGACUCGGAGCGAUCCGAGCGCGGCUCACGCAACCGCGCCGUCGAGGCCAUCCUGGAGGAGAGCACGGAGCGGCUGCGCAGCCUCUCGCUGGAGCAGGAGCGGCGCGCCGCCCGCCGGCGGGAGAACGGCGACGCCGACGCCGCCGCCGGGUCCCCCCCUCCCCCACCCCACCGCGGGGACGGGCUCCGCCCCGGCGCGGCCGAUGGCGCGGCGGCUCCGGGCGACGGCGAAAUCCGAGGGCGCGUCGGCCCCCCCGAUUCGGAUUCCGAGACGAACAACGAGCAGAGCGCCGGCUCGCUGUGCGACAGCGACGCCACAACGGGCUCGCCCUCCCAGGACGUCGACUCGUCGGCGUCGGCCGGCAGCCGCGAGAACGAGGACGGCCGCGCCACCCCGCCGGAGACCGAGCCCGAGUUGGAGCGGGACCCGGACUCACGGUGCCACUCGGACGAGCGCUCGGACUCGGAGCUCAAUAACGAGCGCAGCACGAGCUCGGUGGACAGCGACCUGCUGAGCUCCAGCCACAGCAGCGACACGCUGUGCAACGUGGCGGCGGCCGCCGCCGCGGCGGCCGCCGCCUCGGCGGCGGUGGUCGGUGCGGCCGGAACGCCGUCGGCCGGAGCCCCCGGAACGCACGACGACGACGCGGCCGCCUCCUCGUCGUCGUCGUCUUCGGCGCUCCCGGUUGCCGGGAUGGUACUGCCCAACGGGCUCGACGCGUACACGGGGAUCACGAGCAGCCGGCGCUCCAAAUCCCUGGCGGGUGUGGACACGGCCAAAGCCAAGAAGGAGGGGAGGGAGCGCAGAGAGAGGGGCUCGGGCAGUGAGAGCGAGGGCGAGGACGAGGGCAAGGAGAGAGAAGGCGGCGCCGGAGCUGCCCAGGCCUACACGUUCUUUCGUGUCGAGGAAGGCCCCGCGGAGGAGGGGACCGCCGGAGACCGCUUCAAAUGCCUGACGGUGCACGUGGACAAGCGCAUGACGCUGGCAGCGUUCAAGCGCCACCUGGAGCCCGUGGUGGGGGUGUCCUCCAGCCAGUUCAAGGUCUUCCGCGUCUACGCCAACAACCAGGAGUUUGAGAGCGUGCGUCUCAACGAGACCCUCUCGUCCUUCUCCGACGACAACCGGGUAACCAUUCGGCUGGGCCGCGCUCUUAGAAAAGGGGAGUACCGCGUGAAGGUUUACCAGCUGCUGCUCAAGGAGCCCGAGCCAUGCAAGUUCCUCCUGGACACCGUAUUUGCCAAGGGCAUGUCCGUACGGCAAUCCAAGGAGGAGCUGCUGCCACAGCUGCAGCAGCAGUGUGCACUGCACCUGAACAUUGACAGGUUCCGUUUGCGGAAGAAAACGUGGAAAAAUCCCGGGACGAUCUUCUUGGACACGCAGACCUACGAAGACGACAUCCCCAUCUUCAGCAAUUGGGAAGUGUUUCUCGAACUUCUGGAAGCUCCAGAGCGUAUGGUGUGCAUGUCCCAGCUGGCUGUGCUAGCGCGACGCUGGAAGCCUUCGACGCUGGUGCUGGAGCCAUUCGAGGAGGUUGUCCUGGAGAGCAACAGCGUGGAUGAGCUCAAGGAAAAGCUCGGUAAACUUGGUCAGAUUUCUCCAGAAGAUGUUGAAUUUGCAAAGGGCCGCGGGACGUUCCCAUGCGACAUCUCUGUGCUCGAGAUUCACCAGGACCUGGACUGGAACCCUAAGGUGACCACACUCAAUGUGUGGCCACUCUACAUCUGCGACGAUGGAGCUGUUGUCUUCUACAGGAAUCGCGACGAGGCCAUCCAGGAGCUGUCGGACGAGCAGCGCAGCGAGCUGCAGAAGAAGGAGAGCAUGCGGCUGCAGCGGACGGGGGGCCAGCAGGUGCCGUACUCGCCGCGCAAGGAGAAGGCCCUCAAGAUCUACGUGGACGGCGGGGUCACGCGAGAGUAGUGCCCGGCCGCUGCCGGCGCCCGACCCGGCUUGGCUUGAAACUCGACGACGCAGACCCAGGGGGAGCAGGCCUGGCGCGGCGCCGAUUGCCUUUGCGGGGACGGCAUGGCAAGCGCGGACAUGGUUGGGGUGCUCAUUCGCCACGAAAGGGAGAGAUGGGAAGGAGGAGGAGCAGCAGGGGAGGCGUGUAGCUGUGGAGGACUGUACCAGGCCCCCCCUUUCUUUUCCAAGAAAUUGUUUGGGUUUUAUUUCAACUUGGCUCGGUUGUUUACGUUACGCUUUGGUGGCCACGCAAAACAUUUGUCCCGACGUGAUUUCUUGUCUUCGGUAACUGACACUAGAUUUGGCACCAACAUACGUUGCGUCUGAUUUUUCUUUGUACCGCAUCUGAGGGUUGAGAUCUUGACUAGAAGGCAAAAAGCUGCUACCCUUUUCAAAUGUGACGCGUGUGACCGAAGUUGAUUGAAGGCAUGGAUUUAAAUGGUAAGUGAAAUUGGCAUGUUUGUUUCUUUUGUCCAUGUGCAUAUACAAUCAUCUCGCAUAUACAGUAGCAACCGAUUCGUUUGAACAUUAAAACAGUAUCCUUUCAUGAACCUACGGCUGCUCUCUAUUUUGAGCUUUUUAAACGUCCGAGAACGAUGUUCACAUGCAUCUGCAAUGGGUCGUAAGUCACGUGCUGAAAACCCAAUGGAAUAACAUUUGCCACUGUGCUAGUAAUGCUGAACAUUCAGUCCAGCCUUGUUUUGGGACUACUACCGCACUGUAAAUGAAACUGCGCACGGCAUUUCACCAUGUCAUGUAACCCAGAAGUAUGACCGUUUAAACAUGUGUCAUAUGUUACAGGACAUUGCACGGUCACUGGUUUGUGGAAACCCUUUGUGAGAUUUGUAAUUACGAGGCAAUGAGACAACACUGAAAUGCUGCUACAUGCAGAACGAGAGCUUAGCUCAUGCUUUGUUCAUUAUUGAUUACAAGUCUUUGUUUUACCCCUCUUUGAGUUAAAUUUUGCUCUGUUGUGUUCCCCCACCCCCCAUAAGAAGGUACAAUGUGGUUUUGGUUGUGACUGCUGAUUGCCUGGCAUCUCGCGUUGUAUUUAACUUAAGCGCUCGUGUAAUUACUGGUGUUUAUGACUUCUGGUUUCAACGACUUGGCAGCAGUCGUCGAUAUUAGAUGAAUAAAGAGCAACAUGUGGAUGAAAUAACCUGGAAAAUAAAAUGGUGUCACUCUGCCAUUUUAUUUGCUAUACAAUAAACAGUAUCAAUGAAAAAUUA